AUGGGCUUCAAAGACACCAUCUCCCUCCCCCUCGAGGCUGGGCCCUCGGUCCUCGACGUCCACCUCGUCCCGCCUCACCUCCUCGCCGCCCUCGAGCGUCGCCGCCCGCCUCGCCCGCAAGUCGCUGGCCCUCGACCUCGUCCUCGUCCGCAGAGACUACCAGCUGCCCUCCAUCCUGCCGCCCUUUGCCUCCGCCUCGCCCCGCCAGAGCCCACCAACAGCAUCCUCUGUCCUGGCCUCCUCCUCCUCCUCCUCCUCCGCCUUCUCCAUCUCCUCCUCCUCCCCAGCAGCCCAGGUUCGCCCCCGUCACCGCCCUCAAGCAGCUCGUCCGCACCGCCUCUCGCCGCGCCUCCGACCCGAUCCGCCCGACCAGGACCCGUCAGGGCAGCCAGGCCCUCCGUCGCCUCCUUGCCCUUCACCCCCGCCCCCAUCCGCCGCACCCCGUCCUCCGCCGCGCCCUCGUCGCCUUCGUCCAUCUUUUCCGCCGAUCUCCCGAGCCCUGCCGCGCCCGAGCAAAGGUUUGGCACCGGUGGCCCCUGGUUCUCGCAACCCGUCAGCCCUGCCGCCUGCGGACUGCCCGUCAACUCUUCAGCAGCUCCUCGUCCAGAACGAGUCCUCUUCGCCUCACAAGGCCUGUCCCUUGUCUCCCUCGACCGCUUCUUCAGCCUCAAGGUCAGCAAGUCGGCCCUCCUCCGCUCUUACGACUGGCUCUCUCUCUCCGAUGACACCGUCGACCAUCUCGACCGCAUGUAUCGCCGCGCCUAUGGCGGCCCGGAGCAGGUCGGCGCCAUCGCCGGCAUGCCAGAUCCGCCACUCCCCACCCGAGCCCGCGCCCGAGCCGAGACGUCGCCUUCUCCGUGCCAAGAUGAUCUGCUCGAGGCCGAGUUUGCCUUUCCGCACCCCGACGACAUUGGCAUCGCCAUCACCACCCCCGAAACCUCUCUGUCCCCUUCCCCGAGAGUCCCCACCCUCAAGCUGCAAAUAGACUUUGGCCCAACGCCGCCCCCGACUGACAGUCCGCGGUGGCCAUGGCAAGAUGACGACGACGACGACGACGACGAUGGCGACCGCACAGCGCUGCCCGAGAAUUUCCUGACCAUAGGCUUCGACCCCUGGGCCGAGCCGUCCAUCGACCACGUCCUGAGCACAAAGCCCGUGGUCCUCAGCCCGGAUCCGUUCGCUAAAGGGCCGGGCCAUUGA